UCCCACCAAACCGUUGUGCUGUUCUUCUUCUCACUGUUGCUUAACGACAACGAUGAGCUCUCUGAAUACUUCGCCGGCAAGAUGUGCCAGUGCGUGCUCAAGCAUGCUGUUGGGCGCGGCUAUAGCAAUCUCGCCUAUAAUGUCCGUGUCAAGCACCCUGGCUUU